AUGUUGUACCAGCCGGGGACCGACAUAGGUCUCGCUCGACUCCGUACUACCCUGUACCAUAGCAUACCAUACUCCCCACUCCAUCAUAAUCAUAACAUCGGCCCUAGCAGCAAUCAACAAAACAGGAAGGAAUUAUUGGUGGUGCAGACGAGUAUAAUGGCUGUGGGUUGCUUCAAUCAACCAUCGAUGCUACCUGGAGAGGAUAAGAUCUCUCUUUGGGGUUCUGGUAAUCCACCAUCACCACCGAAUAGUUCCAGUCUAUUUCACUCUUGCUGGUCUCCCAUUCCUAAUGCAUCUGAAUCUUUGCCGUCACCCUGGCAUUCCGUUUACAAUUGGAUCAAUGGCGCAGGACAGGCAAGUCUUACCUCUGCAUUUUUCCAAAUGGAUGGUACAAAUAGUGGUCGUACAGAAAGUUUGCAUUCAGAAUCAGAUCCACAGGCUUCUCCAGUACAAUCACAAAAAUCACCCACAUGCUUCUAUUAUGCAAAUAUCUGGAGGAAAUCAACGGAGGAACCUUAUCAAACAACUGAAACAAUUCCCACAUUUUCAUGCCCUCCUCAACCAACUUCCUCAUCUUCAUCAUUUAUAUUAGAACAGAAUGUACCUCGAACAGUACCGUGUGCUCCACCACCACCACCACAACCGCAACCAUAUCUUAGUAGUGGUGGUGUGAUACCAUCAUUAGGACAAACUGUGCCUUUUUUUAGCGGCGAGAAGGAAUAUGAUCUUGUUCAGGAAUUGCUGAAGCUGAACAUCCAAGGUUGUAUUGGAUCAGGAUCCGGAGUCGGCACACUAAGUCAGAAUUCACCAGAUACUGCAGCACUACAUACAAGGUUACAUGAUGUUAAAUCGGACAAAGGAUCACUUCCAGCGAAAGCUCUUGCGAAAUUCCACGCUGUAUGCGAUAUAGGUACCAAGCAGCAUACGCCCAAUGUAGUACCGCUUGAACAGGAAUCGAGUCAAUUACAUCCCCAUCAUCAACAGCAAUUAGAUUUACUAAAUUGUUGGUCACCAACGACACCCUUACGUCAAGUAUCUACUGUGAUGCCUCGUCCCGUAGUUGGCCAGAAUGCGGUGAUGAAGAGAGGAUUACCGAUAAGAGAGGAUGGAGAGCUGGGUCCUGUUGUGGCGGAAAUGUUACGACAACAGGCCUUAUACGAGCAUUUAUGUGGUGUUUAUUUAUCUGGACAGUUACCAGUACCACCCGUCUUUAAGCUAUACACUCCACCGCUAAGGUCAUAUCAUCGCGGUUCAACGUCUGCGCUGGAAUUGCAUUUACGUUUGGAAGAAUGUACCGAGCAGUAUCGUCAAUUGGAAAAAGAACGUAAAAAGACGGAAGCGGAAUUGGCCCGACAUAACCUAGGUAAAAAGAUAUCCUCAACCAACAAUAUGCCAAUUCCUCGUCUCGUCCAAGUGCCCUCCAGAAUCGAUCGUCUGAUUGUCGAUUUCUUCAGGGAACAUGCACGCGUUGUAACAUUAUUGACAAAAAUGGAGCAGCUUCGAGAAGCACCGCUACCACUUGCAGUUCACGUUGCAUUACGUGAAUUGCACGAUGCAAUUAAAAUAUUACAGCAAUGUCGAAUUAAUGAAAGGCAUGCCAUAUUGCAGCAUCUUCGUGGUGAAAUGAUUCGAUUCAAUGAAGAUUUAGAAACAAAUACGUUAACGACAGCUCUGACAAACAUAUGCAGAGCAGUGGUCAGAGCUCGAGCAGCAAAUUGGUGUUCCCUGAUGUGGACUAUUGGUGUGGACGCAGAUAGCGAGCAGUAUAUCGAUCGAAUUCUUAGUGCUGACUUCCAGAUAGCGCCUCCGGAAAUCAAGCAUCGUCCUGUUUAA